CGAGCCUGCAAGAUGGCGACGAGUGUUUUCAGAGUUGUAUAUAGGUGCGGUUCCUUCGUCUGAGCGAUCUCGUAGUUGUCGCACCAGUGUGCGACACUCCGUUUCUCGCGUGGUAGGUAGUAGGCCGUGCCCGCGAGAAACAGCCUCGACGGAAACUGGGAGGUGCCCGCGACCAACGAGUCCGUCGAACUCGGGGGAAACACGAACCUCCUGCAUCGAUCCCCUCGUCGCACCUUCGAAAACGCGUGUCAGCUGUCAGAUGUUUGUAUACGCGCGGUCGUGUGUGGCGCGUCGCGAAUUCACGGACCGCACGCAAUAGCGGCGUCGAUUUCAUGAGGCACGACCGGCUCUUCGUUCGACAAAGAGAGAUAGUCCGGCAGAAACAUGGAGAGCCUGGAGGCAUUGGGAUGGUAUCUAUCUGAUCAUGGUUAUGAUGUGGCCACUGAUUCAGGUAGCGUGGUGGACACGCAGAAGAUAGUAAAACGACUGUUGGAUCUCGACUUGAGAGAGAUUGGCAGCGGGAAUGGAGAUAUUAGUCAGGGCAAUAUUGUGUUGCAAAUACAAAAGAUACGUAAUGUAGCUACGCCCAAAGGAAACGAAGAAUCGAGAUCAGUUCCGCGGAUGUUGAAAUUAUCGUUGACAGAUGGGAAGAAUAAUUUUCAAGCCUUAGAAGUUGAACAUAUAUCGGCUUUAAGUUUAAACACGCCACCUGGUACAAAGAUACUGAUAAAAUCAGGAACUCUACCUGUGUCACAUGGACUUUUUUUAUUGACACCGGUGCAUUUAAUUUACAUACUUGGGGGAAAAGUUGCCAGUUUAGUGGAAAAAUGGGAAUUAAAUAAGAAAUUAGCUUCACAUACUCGAGUAAGAUCUGCCGAGGAAGGUGGGCCACCACCGUGGAUACCAUUUGGUAAAAAAAUCGUAAAAGUAUCCGAGCAAGAUAAGAACUUCAAAGCUCUGGCAGAAAAAGAAAAACCUAGCAAGGAGAAUACGGAGUUUGAAGCUCAGCGCAAGGAUGCGAUAGCGGAAGCUGCCAAGCAAGGCAGUAAGAAAGUAUUUGGCGGCGGGACUAAACAGCUAUUGGAUCAUAGCGUACAGAAAAUCGUGGAUCGUGGAUUUACCAUAGAGCAGGCAGAAUACGCUUUGAGAGUUAAUAGAAAUAACGUGGAUAAAGCACUGAGAAGCUUGCAAAAGACCGACAGAUAUAAUAACGCCAAGGAAUCUCGCGAACCACGAGAGCCGCGUGGCAAACGGGAAAAGAAAACCGAGGACAGUAAACCAAGCAGCGGAAAAAUAUCCCUAUUCGACUUUCUCGAGGAUAAAUUACCUGUACAACCUGAGAGCGUCGAAACAACUAAUUUGUCUCAAAACAGCUAUAUACAAAAUAACGAAAGUAAUCAAGAUCGUUUUGAAUCAAGAGGUUUUGAUGCACAAAGUGGAAGAGGUGGACGGAAUCAAAAAGGUGGUCGUGGUGGUUAUCAACCACCUCCGAGAUAUUCAGAGGACCACAGAAAUAAUAAGCGAACAAAUAACAGUAACUCCGCCAUGUAUUCGCAAUAUAACGGUGCUACUCAUGCACCGCAGAACAAACCGCCGCGAUUUCAACGUAACCAGGAACCUCAAUAUCAGUAUCAACACGACGGAGGCAGAGAAACGUAUCAGAAGUCUUCUCAGCCGAUUGAUUACAGAAAUACGUUUGCUCAGUCGCGUACAAGUAACGUAAACGCCAGUGAUAGCGGUAACGAUACCAGAAUCCAGACUGAGGGAAAGAAUCUCGGUAGUAACAGAAACUAUAAUCACCUCGAGCCGGAGGCCAGAAAUAGGCAUUCUUAUGAUGCUUCUUAUAAUAGGCAUAAUCGAGCUCAGCAAAACGGAACCUCUAAAGUAUAUUCAUCUAAUACAACUGAACAGAAUUUUAAGAGUCAACCUAGAUAUCAGCCGAAUAGUAACGUUGGAAAUAGGAUGGCCAUGAAUCCCAACAUGCAAAGAAAUGAGAGUAAUUACGGUAGCCACAACAUCAACAGUACAUGGGUAUGGCAAGUAGGUGACAAGUGUAUGGCCAAGUAUUGGGAAGAUAAUAGGUAUUACAAUGCCGAAGUCACUGGCGUUUCUGAGAGGACUUGUGUAGUGCAAUUUAAGGGAUUUGAAAACUACGAGGAAGUGCUCCAGGUGGAUUGUAUACCGAUAACGGACGACUAUCAGAUUCAGGAUUAUGUUUCGGAUACGAGACGGCAAGAUCAGCGUUCUAACAAUCGACAGCCACGUUACGAUCAGAGUUACAAUCACAUAAAUGCAGGUAUGGAAUUUCGACGAGGAGGAAGCGGUGCCGUUGGCGGGAAUAAGGGAUACAAUAAAAAACGAGGUCAGCAACGGAGUACGCAACCAAUUUAUCAACCGCCAGCGCAAAGAAGCCACAAUUCUCUGCCAAUUAAUAAUCAAAAUAAUACUCAACAUAAUCCUUUCCUUUAACUCUAGUCUCGCAUCUUUAGUAAAGAAAAAACUAAAUUCAGAUCUUGCUAGGUAUUGAGGCAGUUGAAUUCGCUACUGAGGAUUGAUCUAACAGGUUGCUACACUAAUGGAGAGUUUAGAUACCGUUUAUAUUAACCGUUGAUAGGCAGCGAGUUGUGUGCCACAUUUGAUUUCUAUUAGAGCUGAAUUGAAUACGCGAUAACUUAAUACGAAACAAGUUGGUUUUUCACGAAGAGGAAAAAUUAGGAGGCUCUUAUUGUAAAAUAUCGACUGUGUUCCCAAAAUAUUGUAUUAUUUGUAUUGUAGAAAAAUUAAUUCUUACUACUGUAAAACUGGGCAAUGUCUGUACCUCGUCCACUUUAGCUGUAAUACAGUUCUAAUGAAAUCUC